CAGGGGCGCAUUGGCUCACCUCUCUAGCGCUUCAGGUUGCCACUCUGAGGUUAGAAGUUAGAGCAUCAGGUCGUGCCACCGCACCCCGCUAGCCGGUGAUCGAUUCCCUCAACGCCAUCGCAGUAUGUCGAUGGCAGUCAAUUCAUGGAGGAAUGAGGACCACCUCACCGCUGACAAGCACCAUGGACCACCACAGCAGACAGGGCUCGAACCUUCACCUCUUGAUCCCUGCCCACCAGACACGGAUCAUUAUGCGGACACAGGACCACUGCGGUUGCCGCCACCUCCACCACAGCCACAGCCCCCGCAUUCAGCGGCCGGACCUCCACCACCACAGGCACAACAGCCCCCACAAGCCCCUAUUGGACCCCCACCACCUUCAGGGGCAUUGCAAGCUGCCACGCCGCAGCAAACACCAGCCACACCAACACAGACAGGACCAGGGAGCCAGGGAGGCGGGGGAGCAGCGCAAAAUGGCCCGCAAUCGGGCUCGGACUCGGGUAGUAAUGUCACUUCCAAUAACAAUAACAACUCACAGCAUAUCGAGUGCGUAGUUUGUCAUGAUAAAAGUAGUGGAAAGCAUUAUGGUCAGUUUACCUGCGAAGGUUGUAAAAGUUUCUUCAAAAGGAGCGUCCGACGAAACCUCACCUACUCUUGUCGUGCUAAUCGGAAUUGUCCAAUUGAUCAACACCAUCGGAAUCAAUGCCAGUACUGCAGACUUAAAAAGUGCCUCAAGAUGGGCAUGAGAAGAGAAGGCAGAAACACUGUAUCCCAUCACCCUUUGGACCUUCAACUUAACCUCCCAUCCGAGGGACAAGCUGUACAGAGGGGUCGUAUGCCACCGACCCAACCGGGCCCUGGUCAGUACCUGGAUGGCCGCUUCGAAGGACAUACAUUCCUCUCGGGUUACAUCUCGCUGUUACUACGAGCUGAACCCUACCCGACGUCGCGUUACGCCCAGUGUAUGCAGACCAACUCGGUAAUGGGGAUCGACAACAUCUGCGAGCUCGCAGCCCGUCUUCUUUUCAGCGCUGUCGAGUGGGCUCGCAACAUCCCUUUCUUCCCCGACCUCCAAGUCACCGACCAGGUGGCCUUGCUCAGAAUGUGCUGGAGUGAGCUCUUCGUUCUCAACGCGUCGCAGUGUUCAAUGCCCCUCCACGUCGCCCCACUCCUUGCUGCAUCGGGACUCCACGCCAGCCCGAUGUCGGCUGACCGUGUGGUCGCUUUCAUGGACCAUAUCCGUAUUUUCCAGGAACAAGUUGAAAAACUGAAAGCGUUACACGUGGACUCGGCAGAGUAUAGUUGUAUCAAGGCAAUUGUACUCUUUACGUCAGGUGAGUUUACAGAGUGGCCCUCCUACGUCUCGUGAUGUCCUGAUGCUGCAUGGUUUGCUUUAACCCAUUCCUUGCUUUACUUUAUAAUUACAACUCUACAAUAACUACAUUCUCGUUCAAAUUUCAAAAUAUUCUUUAUUGUAGAACAUGUACAUUUUUCAUUACCAUUAUCAUGUCUAAAGAAAUAACAUCUAGCAAUGUUUUGUCUGCAGGCUUCCCCCUGAUUUUAAUACACUCCUCUGUGUUCCACCAAGAACUUAAAGGGGAAUGAAACCUUUGGAACAAAUGGGCUUGUGUGGAAAGAGAAAAAUCCAAGAAUAAGAUCAAAGAAAAUUGAGAAAAAUCAGAGAAAUAAUGAGAAAGUUAUGACUUAUGAGCAUUUGAACACUGCGAUCACAACUGCAUAUGGAGAUCCUCACAUCUUUGUCGUUUCCAACUGGAGGAUCUACAUUACGAUAAUGAUCUAAAUUUCAAAAGUUAUAACUUUAUUAUUUAUUAAUUUUUUCAAACAUUCGUUGACCUGUUUCUUUGAUUUUUUUUUCACACAAGCUAUCUUCUUUCAAAGGUUUCAUUUGCCUUUAACUUAGGUGAAAAAAUUGUACCGCUGCCAAUUAAUUCCGUCAGUUCUCGAACCAUAAAUUAAAUCUGGUCAAAUAAUCAGCAACCUUGACACUGAUCUAAAAAUGUGAGGUCUCUUC